AUGGUUCCCAGUGGGAGAGGGACUGCAGCUGCUGGAAAGAGGAGGGCACACCUUCUCUCCUUGCUGUUCAUUGGCCUCUGGGGCUGUGUGACCUGUCACUGGCACCCUGUGGAGGACAUCUGCACAGCCAAGCCGCGGGACAUCCCUGUGAAUCCCAUGUGCAUUUACCGUUCCCCAGAGAAGAAGGCGACUGAGGAUGAGGGCUCAGAUCAGAAGGUCCCCGAGGCCACCAACCGGCGGGUCUGGGAAUUGUCUAAGGCCAAUUCCCACUUUGCCACCACCUUCUACCAGCACCUUGCAGACUCCAAGAACGACAAUGACAACAUUUUCCUGUCGCCCCUGAGUAUCUCCACAGCUUUCGCUAUGACCAAGCUGGGUGCCUGCAACAACACCCUCAAGCAGCUGAUGGAGGUCUUUAAGUUUGAUACCAUCUCUGAGAAGACGUCUGAUCAGAUCCACUUUUUCUUUGCCAAACUGAACUGCCGACUCUAUCGAAAAGCCAACAAGUCCUCCGAGCUGGUCUCAGCCAACCGCCUGUUUGGGGACAAAUCCCUUACUUUCAACGAGACCUAUCAGGACAUCAGCGAGUUGGUCUAUGGAGCUAAGCUCCAGCCCCUGGACUUUAAGGAAAACGCGGAGUCGUCCCGAGUGACCAUCAACCAGUGGAUAUCCAACAAGACCGAAGGGCGUAUCACCGACGUCAUUCCCCAGGGUGCUAUCGACGAGCUCACUGUUCUGGUGCUGGUCAACACCAUUUACUUCAAGGGCCUGUGGAAGUCCAAGUUCAGCCCUGAGAACACGAGGUUGGAAUCCUUCAACAGAGCUGACAAGGAGGACUGCCAAGCGCCCAUGAUGUACCAGGAAGGCAAGUUCCGCUACCGGCGUGUGGCGGAAGGCACCCAGGUGCUCGAAUUGCCCUUCAAGGGCGACGACAUCGCCAUGACGCUCAUCCUGCCGAAGCCUGAGAAGAGCCUGGCCAAGGUGGAGCGGGAACUGACCCCGGAGGUGCUGCAGGAGUGGCUGGACCAGCUGGCAGAGACGCUGCUGGUGGCCCACGUGCCCCGCUUCCGCAUCGAGGACAGCUUCAGCGUCAAGGAGCAGCUGCAAGACAUGGGCCUCGUGGACCUGUUCAGCCCGGAGUCGGCUAAGCUCCCGGGUAUUGUCGCCGAAGGCCGAAAUGACCUCUUCGUCUCCGACGCGUUCCACAAGGCGUUUCUUGAGGUAAACGAGGAAGGCAGCGAAGCAGCAGCCAGCACUGUCAUCGCCAUCGCCGGCCGCUCGCUGAACCACAACAGGGUGACCUUCAAGGCCAACAGGCCCUUCCUGGUUCUUAUAAGGGAAGUCGCUCUGAACACGAUUAUCUUCAUGGGCAGAGUCGCCAACCCUUGUGUUAAGUAACGCGUUCUUAUUCUUCGCGCCUCUUCCUAUGAUAGUUUGUGAAUAGAGGUGAAAAUAAACACAAUUCCUCCCAUCUCACAAUUAUGAAUGGACAGUACCACCUGAGACGAAGACGAGGGAGAAACGGAUAGACGUGCUACUGGGCUUUGGUAGAGGAUGCUUUCCAUUGCUCUCUCCCAGUGAACGCAUCCUAGGAGGGAGAUGUGUCACUGCAUCGUCUUGAAAGAUGGCAGGCAUCUGGAAAGGGCAGGGGGAGUGAGAGCUCCAUCAUACUAAAACAAUCCAAAAAUCUAAAAUAAAUUAAUCUCUAUGUAUAGAAAAGACAGAGAUUCAAAUUUGAGUAUUAAACCAUUUAAUUCUCAAACCACACACAUGCAUAAUGUUCUUUUACACAGUGUUAAAAUAAAGAGGAAAAUGUAUUUUUAUACAAACAGAAUUUCAAGUAUACAUUAAUAGACUUUUCAGAUUACUAACCGAGUUGCUAAGAUUUCAUUCACAUUGUUCUUAAAGCUGUUCAAUGAGAAAGCUUUUGCUAAGCUGCUUUAAAUAUGUUUAUAUAAACCCUUAUCAUCACUCUUUCUCCGAAUCUCCCUCCCCCAGCCCCCAUCUCCGCCCACCCUCCUGCCCUCCCCCCUCCCCCGACACAACAGGGCUGGGGCUCUAGGAGACAUGCAACCCCAAGAACUAUUGGCUUGUCAUCAGGGGAAGGGCAGAAUCUACAGGAGGAGAGACUGAGAACACCUGUCAAAUUAAGGGUGAGAACAAAUCUGAUGCUUAGAGAUGACACAAACUAGGCUCAUAUCGUAUAGCCUUUGUGUUUUCCCUUAAAAAAAAAACAAAAAAAAAAAAACAAAACUCAGCCUACCACAAAAUC